UUACCCGUUCUCCAUUUGAGUCACCAGCUGAGCACUUGCGCCAAGUCAGUGCCCACUACACCCACUCACGCGUUCGAUGUAUAGAGCAGAGAAAAAAGUCAACAAUGAAAGCAGAACGAAAGUAGCUAACACAAAAAAGAAAAUAAAUCAAGAAUUUGCUCUUCAUUUUCAGUUGCUUUUGUGAGUUGUGCGUGAAUAAAGUUUUGCGCUGACUAUGUUAGUGAAUUUGUGAUUGAAUAAAUAGAAUUGAAUUAAAUGAAAUGUAUUAGCAUUGAAAAUUGUACGAUUUCUAUUUCUGGUUUCAUAAAUAAAACUAUAAUUGUAUGUAUAAAUAUAUACAAAUGUGAAUGGCACAGCUGGAGCUUGGCAAGGGCAGUGAUAUGCAAUUAAGAGUAGCGAACUAUUUGAGCAUAUCCACACACUAGCACACUGUGUUAUAAUUAUAAUUUAAUUGCAUUUACACCUCCAAGUGCAAAGUUCUUCGAUUUACGUGAGUUUACAAAUGAAUUGUGAAUAUUAGUGCAUUUUUAAAUAUUGUGCGCUGUCCAGGCGUGGGUUGUAGUGGUGUAUCGAAGUUUUCCAACAUUUCAAGCACAGUUAUGCCCAAACGUUUAAUGAAGCUACUAGUGGCCCUUGUCCUAACAUUAAUGUUCACGAUUUCGUUGCUAAAAUUGGUGCUUUUAUUUUGGAGUACCUAUCCAACUUGGUUAUAUGCAGACAUUACACCGCCCGAUGAGCCCACAACGGUAGAUGAAUGGCUGGAGCAGCAGCAGUUGGCACAGUACAAGCAACUCUUCCGGGAAAAAGGUAUCUCCUCUUUGUCCAGCUGUGGCGAUCCGGAACGUCUACCCGAACUACCGCCCGGCGAUGAACAGCGUCUACAGCGCGCUGCUUUACACUUACAACAGAAAUUAAUUUUACGCGAAUGGUUACGUGACCAUCGCUUACAACAUCAUUAUCAGCGCUUACUAGCCGUCGAAGUAGCUUCACUCGAAGAUGUCUACUGGUUGGAGGAUUCGCGAGCUAGUAAAAUACUUGGCAAAGAUUGGCAAUUAUGGUCGCAGGCACGACAAAACCUACCCACAUCCAAAGCGCAAUUAGAUGCAUUGAAAGCGCAAUUAUGGUCGACUGUUGUGAAAUCGAGUCAACAUCAAGAUGCCUGGACAUGGGGUGGCAUGUUGGUGGUCUCGGUUUCGGUAGCUGGUCUAGUGACAUUGGCUGCCAUGACACAGCCAUCAUUAGCACCAGAAGCACGCCAUUCACUGCUGCAAUAUGUAACGGGUAAAUAUUUACUACCAGCUAACUGUAAAGUACAAUGGGAUUGGAAGGAUCCAGCGACCGUGGGUGGCACUAUGUGCUUCGUUGUGCGUUUUUUCCAACGCAAUGGACAGCCUUAUCCCAUCUGUGAUACAGAUCAGUUUUUCGUUGAAGUCACCGAGGGUACGCGUAAGGUCGUUACAAUUAGCGAGCUCGGUUCGUCAACCGAUCCGAAUAAUGCGAAUAUCGCUAAAGUUAAAUUCACUGUACGCACAGCGGGACAGUAUAAAAUUUCUGUGCUCAUCGGCUCCAGUCAUAUUUCCGGUUCACCAUUUACCAAAACUUUUAUACCCGGGCCGGUAGAUGCGCGACGCUCGCGUUUUAUACGCCCGGCCAGCACAGUUAUAUGUUGUGCGGGCACACCGACAAUGUUGCACAUCGAACCGCGUGAUGAAUUCGGCAAUGCUUGUAACUUCGAUGAUGAUGAGGAUCCAGUUAAGGGGUAUCGUGUUGAGAUUUUCGAUUUGAAUGGCGAACCCAUUGAAAAGCUACAUCACGCCAUUGCCUUCACCUAUGACCGCGCGAACACGCGUGUUGCCGUGACGGCGCUUUUCCCGGAGCCAGUAUGUCUACGCGCCGUUAUUAGCUACCUUGAACAGAAGCUACCAAAUGGUGAUUUUGACAUCAUCGUGCUGAGUGGUAGCGACACAACACUCGUUCAUAAAAAUAUCGCAUCACGUAAACAUAAUAUUUGCUAUGAAGCCAAAUUGUUAAGCAUCUAUGGCACACCGAGAAGUAAGCCACGUAAGGUGCUCUGCUAUGUGGGUCCCAAACAAAAUUCUCUCAUCUUUCAGGUUACCAUUAAAGAGAUGAUACUCAAAUUUAUACCCAAACGCAUUGCGACAUUUCGUUUGUGUCCCUCAACGAAAUUCCACUUUUUGCCCUCGCUGCCCACACAACCGCACGGGCCGGUGUUCAUAAUUGACGAUGGUGCUCAACCGAAGAUUGAAUUGGCAUCACGAGAUCGUAAUAUCAUAGCGGCUACUUUUACACAUUUUUUGUUAAAGAAUAUUGGCGGUUCGGAGACGUUCAAGGACAAACAGGAUUUUUUCUAUCAUGAAGUGCGUAAAUUCCAUGCGAGUUACUAUCAUGAAAAGCUAGCGUUGAAGGUGAAUCGUGAAAAGAUUUUAGAGAGCAGCAUAAAAGCCACAAAAGGCUUUUCAGUUUCUGACUGGUGUGGUAAUUUUGAGGUCACCUUUCAGGGUGAACAAGGUAUCGAUUGGGGUGGCUUGCGACGCGAAUGGUUCGAGUUGGUCUGUAGCGCGUUGUUCGACCCGCGCGGUGGACUCUUUUGCACAUUUCAUGACAAACAUCAAGCACUAGUACAUCCAAAUCCCAAUCGACCAUCACAUUUGAAACUGAAACAUUUCGAAUUUGCUGGCAAAAUUGUGGGUAAAUGUUUGUAUGAGAGUUCAUUAGGUGGCACAUAUCGACAGCUUGUGCGUGCACGUUUUACAAGAUCAUUUUUGGCGCAACUUAUCGGCUUGCGCGUGCACUACAAGUAUUUCGAGCAAGAUGAUCCAGAUUUAUAUCUCUCCAAAAUUAAAUAUAUUUUGGAUACCGAUUUAGAUGCUAGCGAUUCUUUGGAAUUGUAUUUUGUUGAAGAAGUUUACGACACUAGCGGUCAAUUGAGUAAAACUGUUGAGCUCACACCAAAUGGUUCGAAAGUGCGUGUUUCGAAUGCAACCAAAAAUCAAUAUCUCGACGCCUUAGCUCAACAACGACUUUGCAGUAGUGUUAAGGAGGAGGUAGAUGCAUUUUUAAAGGGUCUAAAUGGCAUUAUACCUGAUAAUUUGUUGAGCAUAUUUGAUGAAAAUGAAUUGGAGCUGUUAAUGUGUGGUACUGGUGAAUACUCCAUAGCCGAUUUUAAAGCUCAUCACAUCAUUAAUGGUAACUCUGCGGAGUUUCGUCGCGUCUUGGCAUGGUUCUGGGCCGCCGUUAGCAACUUUAGUCAAACCGAAAUGGCUCGCUUGUUACAGUUUACUACAGGCUGUUCGCAGUUGCCACCUGGCGGUUUUCAAGAAUUAAAUCCACAAUUUCAAAUAACAGCGGCACCGACAUUCGGCAAUUUGCCAACGGCGCACACGUGCUUCAAUCAACUCUGCCUGCCUGACUAUGAGACUUAUGAACAAUUCGAGAAGGCACUUCUAUUAGCUAUAAGUGAAGGCAGUGAAGGUUUUGGUAUGGUCUAAGUAUCCAUAAGAGCUAACUAGUCAGAUGCAUAUAUAGAAAUAUGUAGCUAUUAAAUCCUUAAAUAAAACAUGAAAUGUGUUCCUUUAAUGCAGUGUUAUAUAUGCAUAACAAUAAGUAUGGUGAAUUUUAAAGAUGGAAAAAUCGCUAAAAAUAUAUUUAUUUUUCUGUUGCUGUAA